AUGCCAUCAGGAGGGCGCCAUGGAAUGGGGGGCUGGCACGUCAGGGCUGAAGCUGAGGGGGGUGGUUGAUAUUUGACUCGCCCCGAGUUCCUGGGCUUCAGGUUGGUGUUCGGAUUUUGUACAUAGUAUGGGCUGGUUUGCUGCGUACUGGCUCGCCCAUCCGUGCCUUGAGCUUAAAUCCUAUUCCUCAUCUUCAAUUUAACUCUAAUGAUAUGACUAGCUAUUGCUUCUCUUGGCUUCUUCAGCCUCCGAUCCCAGAGAUCUUUCCCUCCUCAAAGGGGGGAAGCACGCUCCUCUCAAGGCGACUUCUGGGCAGCCUUGGCCACGGCAUCCGAGUUCCGAGCAAACGGUUCAGCCGCAGCUCGGAAGUCUCGCUUGUUAUCAAUUGGUGGCGGCGGCGGCAGUAUCAUUCCCUUGAGUCUCCAUCCGGCUCAUGCUCCGUAUCAAGCAAAUGCAGUGCAGUGAAUCGCUUGGCAGCGUCACUGCAUGGGGCCUUUAAUCAAGCAAGCAUGCAAAGAGACUGGUUUGUUCGACGCCAUUGCUGGGCUGUGCAACUGCUAGCAGCCAUAGGCGAAAUCAGACUUUGUCGUCGGAUGGAGCCACCCUCUCUGCCUGAAUCUGCGUCGACUAAUAAGAGGGGUCUGACCAUAUCACCGUAUUAAACGCUUGGCUAUCUAUGUAGCGCACACACGCUGUAAUAGCGUGCCCCCCUCCCCGUUCCAUAGCGCUACCAGCCUGACGGUACGCCAGCAUGGGCUCAUCUAAACCUAAAAGUGUCCCAUCAAAUCUCGCUGGCACCAC